AUGGCCAGGUGGACAGUGAUAGUAACGUUUAUAUGGAUAUCAGCAGUGUGUUGUGAAACUGAUGAUAAUAAUGCCACAAAUCCCAUAGUAACCGUUAAAGAAGGAAAGUUGAGAGGAACUAUAUCGAAUCUUUUGGACGGAUCAAGAUACUACAGUUUUAAAGGAGUCCCUUAUGCACUGGCACCAUUUGGCGAGCUCCGAUUUCAGGCGCCAUUACCACCGAAACCGUGGCGAGGGAUCCGCGACGCUAUCGAUCAUGGUCCCGUCUGCACGCAAUACGAUCUUUCGACCUCGCAAAUAGUCGAGGGCAGCGAGGAUUGCUUAUUCGUGAACAUCUACACGAAAUCCUUGCGAGCGGACGCCAAAAUUCCCGUGAUGGUGUUCAUCCAUGGCGGCAGUUACAGCUUCAAUUCCGGCAACUCGCAGACCUUCAGCCCGGAUCUGCUGCUGCGGCACGAUGUAGUUUUAGUUACGAUGAAUUACCGGCUGGAGUUGUUGGGUUACUUGUGCGUGGACACCCCCGAGGUGCCUGGCAACGCAGGUAUGAAGGAUCAAGUGGCGGCUUUGCGAUGGGUCAAGGCAAACAUUGCUAAAUUCGGCGGCGAUCCUGACAGCAUCACGAUUUUCGGCGAGAGCUCAGGGCGAUCGCUGAGAGCGGGUACUUGCAUCCAGGACUGGGCGAACGACAGAAACGCUAAGGCCAGGGCAUUCCGAGCGGGGAAGCUUCUAGGAAAGGAUACGAACAACACCAGCGAGCUGCUUCAGUACCUGCGUAGUCUCAAGCCCACCAAGCUCACGAAUCUCGCUCAGAAGACCAUGACGAACGAAGAAAUGUACAGAGGCCUGCCCGAUUAUUUCGUUCCGGUGGUAGAGAAGAGAUUCAAAGGCGUUCAAGCAUUUAUAGACGAGGAGCCUGUAGAUAUGCUGGCCAAGGGUAGAGUGAACAAAGUGCCUCUGAUGAUCGGCUACAAUUCGGCAGAGGGUUUGACGCUGAUAACGUAUCUAUCGCAGAGGCUCGAAUUCUACAACGCAAAUCCUUCUUACCACGUUCAGCGGGAGAUAGCGGAGAAAGUGUCCGAAACGAAACUGCUGGAAUUCGGCGACAGAAUAAAACAAAUUUAUUUGGGUGGCAAGAAUUUAACAAUGGACGAUCCUCAAGCGAUCGAACGCAUCGGUAGCGACAUCCACUUCUUUUACAAUACUCACCGAUUCGCACAUCUUUACAGCGCAUCUAGUAUGCCGGUCUACAUGUACAGAUUUAACUACGAUACAGACUUGAACGUCCUGAAGAAAUUCUCAGGAUUCGCUCAGCUGGAAGGCGCUAGUCACGGCGAUGAGCUCUUUUAUCUAUUUUACAACUUCCUGAACAAAAAACCCUACGACGAACAGGAGAAACUGAGAGAACUCUCCAUGAAGGUCACCACUUUAUGGACCAACUUCGCCAAAUUCGGAAACCCAACACCGGACAACAGCUUGGGGGCAAAAUGGCCUCCGUACACGAGAUCCGGGAAAGAGUAUUCCAAAAUAGAAGAUAAAAUGGCAUUUGGAAAAUAUGCAAAUGGCGACCGCAUGACUUUUUGGAAUGAUGUUUACAGUGAAGCGGGGUCCCCUUAUAUUCAAGACAGUUGU